AUGUCGAUAGUGGACCCCCGCCCUAAGUUCGAUUCGGUAGUGACCGAGAAUCUUUCGUAUCUUGUUCCCUACUUCACUAAUAUUCAAGCAUUCAUUCCGGCCACAAAUCCAUCUGAUAAAACAACAAGGAUUGAUGAAUUGGAGAUGCCUCUAUCGAUACUAGUGGUGGAGAUAGUAGGCUCUACGGUUCAUUCGUAUCCUAUGAAUUGGAGAUACUUAGUAGAUUGA